UGGUGAUGAUUUUCCAAACAAUAACAACAUCUGGAUCAUCUGGCUCCAAGCAAAUAAAAAAUUGUAAAUUAUGUGUGCAGAGAACGUUGCGCGUUCGGUUUUUUUUGAAUAUUUAUUUUUCUACCGCUACACGAAGAUUAAAAUAGACUAAAAAGUGAAAUCAAAGAUAUCACAGCGCAGUUUUCAGUCUAAUAGCGUUCAGUUGAUUCCAUUUCCGUAGUUCAUGAACACUGAAAGUACAGACCGAAACAGAAACAUCGCUUCCGUUAAAUUAGGAACGUACAAACUGUGUCUAUUUUGUUAUUAAUUCAAAUUCGUCGGGAAACAAUAGCGAAAAUGAUUGGUAACAUCGUAUUUUGGAUGGGAAUCAUCCUCAUAGUUUACGCCUUCUACAAAUGGCUGACCAUUCAUCAAAACUACUUUCGAAUACGAAACAUACCCUACUGGAAACCGAAAUAUUUCUUCGGCAACAAUAUUGGAUUCAUGAUGCUGCAAGGAUAUCCGAUGUGUGAGUUCAUGUCCACGCUCUAUGCUGCCGAUCCCGGUACCAAAAUUUUGGGAGCAUUCAACUUUAGACAACCAAAUCUAGUAGUCAGAGAUCCGGAUGUGAUAAAACAGUUACUCGUCAAGGACUUCGAUCACUUCGAAGAUCAUACUCAUGUUCUUGAUGAUAAGGUCGACGUACUGUUUGGCAAUUCUCUUUUCUUUCUCACCGGAUCGAAAUGGCGCGACAUGAGAUCCACGCUCAGUCCAGCAUUCACGGGCAGUAAAAUUCGACAAAUGUUCGAUUUGUUAUCGGAAUGUGGUGAUCAAAUGGUCAAGGCACUGCGUAGCGAGAGUGAAAGUACAGGCAGUGCCGACUACGAAAUGAAAGAAUUGUUUGGCAAAUAUUCAAAUGAUGUAAUCUCGUCGGUCGCUUUCGGGUGUAAAAUCGACUCAUUCGUCGAUCCCAGCAACGAUUUUUAUUUGUCUGGCAAGAAAUUUGCAGAAUUUGGAUCUGGUAAAGCUCUAUUCCGUGUGAUGACAAUUUUAAUGUUACCUCGGCUCGCCAGUUUAUUAGGGAUAAGUAUCAUUGAUCGGAAGGUGACGACGUUCUUUCGAAAUAUGGUUCUGGAUAAUAUCGCCGAAAGAGAACGCCAGGGGAUUUAUCGACCGGACAUGAUCAACAUUUUGAUGAAUGUGAAAAAGGGAAAUUCGCACCUCAACAGCACAACAACCACAACAUCAGAAGAAAAAAGUGGCGCAGAUUUUGCGUCUGUGGAAGAGUCCAGUAUUGGGAAGAAAAUCGUUCAACGGGAAUGGACUGACGAUGAAAUAGUGGCCCAAUGCUUCGGUUUCUUUCUGGCUGCAUUCGAUACAUCGUCGAUUGUAUUGUCAUUUGUUGCGUACGAGUUAUCUGUUAACCAAAAUGUACAGCAGAAGUUGUAUGACGAAAUUGAAGAAAUGCAACAGAGUUUGAGUGGAAAGCAGUUGGCCUUUGAAAACAUUCAAGGUAUGAAAUACAUGGAUCAGGUCAUUAGUGAAACACUUCGUCAUUGGCCUCCUGCACCUGGUAUCGAUCGUGUUUGUGUGAAGGACUACAGUUAUGACGAUGGAGAAUUUAAAUUUAAGAUUGACAAGGGCACAACUCUGUUGAUACCCGUAUACGGUCUACACUUCGACGAGAAAUACUGGGAUAACCCAAGAGAAUUCAGGCCAGAGCGUUUCAGUGACGAAAAUAAGGACAAAAUCGUUGCGGGCAGUUUUGGGGCAUUCGGAAUGGGACCGAGAAGUUGCAUUGGAUCAAGAUUUGCUCUGAUCGAAGUGAAGUCUGUCAUUUAUCACUUGCUACUCCACUUCAAAUUCGAACCGAAUGAAAAGUCACAAAUUCCACUGAAAUUGAAGAGCGGACCAGUCGGUUUAACGACGGAAAAUGGAAUUCAUGUGGCACUGAAGCGAAGAACUUGAUAUGAUGUCUUAAGGUCUUAAGGCUAUUUGAAAUUCUAUUCACAGGUGAACUGUAGACUUGUAGCACUAUCAUUGAUGGUUUAGAUGACUCUAGAGAACAUGAACAGUCGUCAUUUACUUUACUGUAGCUACUGAUUUCAUAAAAUAGCUGGCUCGAAUCUUGUGUUUU